CGGCCUCUCUUCCCUCCCACCAUUUUCUGGGGACCGUUCGCCGCCCUUUUGGAGCUCCCUUCUGAGGAGAAAUCGAAGGGGCCGGCGGCCAUCCAGACCUUAAAAAGGAGGCGUCAUGGGUGACGUGAAAAACUUCCUGUAUGCCUGGUGCGGGAAAAGGAAGGUGACCCCAACCUAUGAAAUAAGAGCGGUGGGGAACAAGAACAGGCAGAAGUUCAUGUGUGAGGUUCGAGUGGAAGGAUUCAACUAUACUGGCAUGGGCAAUUCUACAAAUAAAAAAGAUGCGCAGAGUAAUGCUGCCAGAGACUUUGUCAAUUACCUGGUCCGGGUCAAUGAAGUCAAGAGUGAAGAAGUGCCAGCUAUGGGGGUGGCACCACCAACUACUGAAACACCUGAUGCAGCAGCAGCUGCCACCGCCGCAGCUACAGCAGGAACAGGUAGCGGUGGAGAUUUCCCAACUGCCUCGGGAGGACCCCUGCCUCCACAUCUGGCCAUUAAAGAAGAGGGAGGUUUGACUGCUGAGGGUGGAGAUUCUGACUAUGACGGUGGUGGUGCUGAUGGCACGUGGGAUCGCGGAGCCAAUUUGAAGGAUUACUACACGAGGAAGGAGGAGCAAGAAGCCCAAGCGACUCUAGAGUCAGAAGAAGUGGAUUUAAAUGCUGGGCUUCACGGAAACUGGACGUUGGAGAAUGCUAAGGCUCGGCUGAACCAAUUUUUUCAAAAGGAAAAAGUCCAGGGAGAAUAUAAAUACACCCAAGUGGGUCCAGAUCACAACAGGAGCUUUAUUGCGGAAAUGACUGUGUACGUCAAGCAGCUGGGUCGAAGAAUCUUUGCCCGUGAGCAUGGAUCGAACAAAAAGUUAGCAGCACAAUCUUGUGCACUGUCCCUGGUCAGACAGUUCUACCAUCUUGGGGUAAUUGAACCUUACUCUGGACUGACAAAGAAGAAGGAAGGAGAGUCGGUGGAACCUUAUACCGUGAACCUGUCUAACGACUUAGAGCAUCAGCUGCAGAAUGUCGUACAGGAACUUUGCCUGGAGAUCUUGCCACCACCUGAAGAUCCCAGUUUUCCAGUUACCCUCAACAUGGGCAAACUGGCCCAGUUUGAACCAUCCCAACGGCAGAGUCAGACUGGAGUUGUCCCGUGGUCGCCACCUCAGUCGAACUGGAAUCCAUGGACCAGUAGCAACAUUGAUGAGGGUCCCUUGGCCUACGCUACCCCAGAGCAGAUAAGUGCAGACCUGAAAAAUGAACUCAUGUACCAGCUCGAACAGGAUCGUGAUCUAAAAGCGAUUUUGGAAGAGAGGGAGAUGCUGCCGGUGAAGAAGUUUGAGAAAGAAAUCUUGGAAGCCAUCCAUCACAAUUCUGUUGUCAUUAUCCGUGGUGCUACUGGAUGUGGUAAAACCACUCAAGUUCCUCAGUUCAUUCUGGAUGAAUGCAUCUGGAACAAUCGAGCCGCAGAGUGUAACAUUGUGGUUACUCAGCCUAGGAGAAUCAGUGCAGUUUCGGUCGCAGAGCGAGUAGCAUAUGAGCGAGGAGAAGAGCCUGGAAAAAGCUGUGGCUACAGUGUGCGAUUUGAGUCUGUCCUUCCCCGUCCUCAUGCCAGUGUGAUGUUCUGCACUGUCGGGGUGCUCCUAAGGAAACUGGAAGCUGGCAUUCGUGGAAUUAGUCACGUAAUCGUAGAUGAAAUCCAUGAAAGAGACAUAAAUACCGACUUCCUUUUGGUGGUGCUGCGGGAUGUGGUGCAAGCUUACCCCGAGGUGCGCAUUGUUCUCAUGUCUGCCACCAUCGACACUAGCAUGUUCUGCGAAUAUUUCUUCAACUGUCCCAUCAUUGAAGUCUAUGGCCGGACCUACCCUGUUCAAGAGUAUUUUCUGGAAGACUGUAUUCAGAUGACCCAGUUCAUUCCUCCACCAAGGGACAAGAAGAAAAAGGACAAGGAUGAUGACGGUGGUGAGGAUGACGAUGUAAGGCCUCCUCAAAUGACUCUCUGGUGCCAGAAGUAUUUGAACAAAUUGAAAUGGAAAACGAUGACUGCAGGUGAUAGAACGGAUGCAAAUUGUAACCUGAUCUGCAGUGAUGAUUAUGGCCCAGAAACCAAGCGUUGCAUGGCUCAGCUGAAUGAGAAAGAAACUCCGUUUGAGCUCAUUGAGGCGUUGCUAAAAUACAUUGAGACCCUGAACGUUCCUGGAGCUGUACUGGUCUUCCUUCCAGGCUGGAAUCUGAUUUACACCAUGCAGAAACACCUAGAAAUGAACCCACACUUCGGGAGUCACCGAUACCGGAUAUUGCCUCUGCAUUCACAGAUUCCUCGGGAGGAACAGCGCAAAGUUUUUGAUUCGGUGCCAGCUGGAGUGACCAAGGUUAUUUUGUCUACCAACAUUGCCGAGACCAGCAUUACCAUUAACGAUGUUGUUUAUGUGCUCGACUCCUGCAAGCAGAAGGUGAAAUUGUUCACUGCUCACAACAACAUGACCAACUAUGCUACAGUCUGGGCAUCCAAAACCAACCUGGAGCAGCGGAAAGGCCGAGCUGGUCGUGUGCGGCCUGGAUUCUGUUUCCAUCUCUGCAGCCGAGCUCGCUUUGACAGGCUUGAAACCCACAUGACUCCUGAAAUGUUCCGAACACCGCUGCACGAAAUUGCUUUGAGCAUCAAGCUUUUGCGCCUGGGAGGAAUUGGUCAGUUCCUGGCCAAAGCCAUUGAGCCACCACCACUGGAUGCUGUGAUUGAAGCGGAACACACUCUCAGAGAGCUUGAUGCACUGGAUACCAAUGAUGAGUUGACACCUCUGGGAAGAAUCCUGGCUAAACUCCCCAUCGAACCUCGCCUGGGCAAGAUGAUGAUCAUGGGCUGCAUUUUCUAUGUCGGGGACGCUGUGUGCACCAUCUCUGCUGCCACCUGUUUCCCAGAACCCUUCAUCAAUGAGGGCAAACGACUUGGUUACGUCCACCGGAAUUUUGCCGGGAGCAGAUUUUCGGAUCACGUGGCCCUACUGUCGGUGUUCCAAGCCUGGGAUGAUGCCAGAAUGGGUGGGGAAGAGGCAGAGAUACGCUUCUGUGAGCACAAAAGGCUUAACAUGGCUACACUCAGAAUGACUUGGGAGGCCAAAGUCCAACUCAAGGAAAUUCUGAUUAAUUCUGGCUUCCCAGAAGACUGUUUGCUGACCCAAGUAUUCAACAACACCGGACCAGACAAUAACUUGGAUGUUGUGAUUUCCCUGCUGGCUUUUGGGGUGUACCCUAAUGUCUGCUACCACAAAGAAAAGAGGAAGAUUCUUACGACCGAGGGGCGCAAUGCACUUAUUCACAAGUCAUCUGUCAACUGCCCCUUCAGCAGUCAGGACAUGAAGUACCCAUCUCCUUUCUUCGUAUUUGGAGAAAAGAUUCGCACACGGGCCAUCUCUGCCAAAAGCAUGACUUUAGUGAGUCCCCUGCAGCUGCUGCUCUUUGCCUCCAAGAAAGUUGUAUCCGAUGGGGAGAUUAUGGUAUUGGAUGACUGGAUCAAGCUGCAGAUGUCUCACAAUGCUGCUGCCUGUAUCACUGCCCUCCGGGCAGCCAUGGAAGCCCUGGUGGUUGAAGUAACCAAAGAACCUGAAAUCAUCAGCCAGUUGGACCCUGCGAACGAGCGAAUGCUCAAUAUGAUCCGCCAGAUUUCCAGGCCCGCCGCAGCAGGCAUCAACCUCAUGGUUGGCAGCGCAAGGUAUGGUGAUGGCCCUCGCCCACCCAAAAUGGCUCGCUACGACAACGGAGGCGGAUACAGAGGGAGCCAGGGCGGUUCUGGCUAUCGAGGUGGAGGCUAUGGCGGGGGAGGCUACGGCAGCGGUGGUUACGGUGGGGGAGGCUAUAGGGGUGGCUAUAAUUCCUAUCGAGGAGGUUAUCAAAGUGGAGGGUACAGAGGGUCAGGCGGAGGUUACAAUAGAGGGGGGUCUGGAGGCGGCUAUGGAGGAGGCGGCUAUGGAGGAGGAGGCGGCUAUGGAGGAGGUGGCUAUGGAGGCGGCGGCUAUGGAGGAGGAGGAGGCUAUGGAGGAGGAAACUUUGGAGGAGGAAACUAUGGAGGAGGAAACUUUGGAGGAGGGAACUUUGGAGGAGGGAACUUUGGGGGCUACAGAGGUUUCAGAGGAGCUGGAGGAUUCCAAGGAGGGAACAGAGGGGGCUAUGGGGAAGGAUUUGGGGGGCAAGGAAGGGGAAGAGGAGGUUAUUAAAAGAAGUGGUUAUUUUAGAAUCCAUACUCCCAUCUUCAGAUAGUCCUAAACUAUGCAUGAUGUUUUUUUCCAAUAAAUUGUCAGUAAGUCAAGCCUAUUUUUCACUUCCUGUAGCUUUGUCAUUGUAGGUUAAAGAAAAAUAGAUGUACCAGUGAUUUUUGUUUACAUGAUGUAAGAUACUGAUCUACUUCAGUAACACAGCUACUUUGUUCUUAAUUUGUUUUUGAAAUUAAUUUGAUAUGUAAAAUAAAGCAAAAGGUAAGGGUUCUGUGUGAUUAGCUAAUCUUUUGUGUUUACCCCUUAGACUUAAUUAUCAAUCUUGAAUGUCAUUAAAAAUCUAAGAACUGUCAGCCAACCCUUAGACAACUGUAGAGAACGGUGACAAGGAUGUGAGCGGUGGCUUGAAACAAAACUGAUUAUAUUUCUUCUGCAGCAAUCCUUGGUCAUCUAGCAGUAGGUGGUUCAGUUAGGUCUGUGUACCUCCCUGAGGAGAGAGUGGGGGGCUGCAUCCCUACAUGUCCAGGGGCAAGACUCCUCUUUUUCACUUUAGGUGCAAAAAAAGACAAAAAUCCAUGAUGAAACUGUUCAUCUUUAGAAAAUGAUUUGAUUUUUUUUUAUGACCUUUUUUUUUUCCAGGCUCCAGGCUUGUAAAAGUUGUAACUGAAAGGCCUGGCCUUACUAACAAACAUUUAACAUCAUGAACACCAAAGGAAUGGGCCUGGGCUCCCCAGUCACACUACUUGCUUCCCCUAGGUGUAAGUGAGCUAACUUGCCCUUUUCAGAAGAGCCUGAGAGGUAAAGGAGUAGAGGAUGGGGGAGGCAGAGGAAGGAUAAACGACUCACCCUUGCUUCCUCUUCCUCCAAUCCCAACUUUAUUCUAAUAAACACAAUCACUCAGGAGGGUUUUUCACAUGAAUACCUCCCCUAUGGUACUCUCUAACAAACUGAGGCUGGGAUUACAAGAUGAAUGUUUAAUUUAGAACCAUUUGCUGCUUUUGAAUUGGCAUUCAUACAUACAUAAGACCUUCGUCCCAAAAGAAGAAGGAAAAAAACAAACCCCCAAACCCAGGACUUGAGACAGCUAAGAUCUUGCUCACAUCUCUAAGCAACUGCUUUAGCCUUCUUUCUCAUCCCAAACACUUCAGGUGGGCUAUUGAAAGAUGGUCAGAGAUUAUUUCCUUCUAAAUGGGACCUAGGUAUCAAAAACUCUUAAUACAUUUAAUCUUGUCUACUACCUCCUUGAAGGUGACCUCCAAAAUUAAAUUCCAAGAUAGGAUAUGUUAAAUCAUUCUUUAAGACAGUUAACUAAGUUUCAUACUUUAAACUCAACCUUAAUUACAACGCACACAAAGUCCCUGAACAUUGUCUAUUUAAACAAAUGCCUUGACUAUGGAUCCUCGAUGUUAAACCUGUUUGUUUUAACUUGUAACUAUUCUAAUAUCUCCCUUCAGAUUUGCUUCUAUUGUGUUGUUAUUCAUUUCCAAGCUGAGGUUUUGCAUUAUUUUAGAAAGCAUAUCAUCUUUUUUGUCUCCUGCAGCAGCAUCUUUGUUAAGAGUUUCUUCUGCUUCAAUAAAAAGCUGGCCAGUUGG